AGGGGUUGUUCAGAUGGAUCUAAGAUGUAGUUGAGGACCUAACUCACUCGUUACUUGUUUGCCCAGUUUAUAAGAACCCAAGAGUAACUCUGUUCAAAGAGUUAGAUCUUGCAUUCAAUAGAUCUGGGACAUACCUGAUACACUUUUUACUGGGGUAUAGAGUAAUGUAUAUUUCCCAAAAGGGUGCCUGUUUUUCAUUUAGAGCAACCUUGGGCCCCCAGAUGUUCCUGCACUACAUCUCCCAGAAAUCCAGGCCAGCACAGCAAACGGUGAAGGCUUCUGGGAGUUGUUGUUCAAGAAUAUCUGGGGAACCACGGUUGGCAAACACAGGGUGACAGUUUUAAGAAGGAGGUUUUGUAGUGAUGGUGAACUGGUUCUAUUAAUUAAUUAAUUAAUUUUGAAAGUUGAACCAAUUGUGGUUGCUAGAAUGUUAGUUUUGGCAGACUUUUAGCUGAGCAAUGUACUGGAUUAUUUUAUAUUGUUUUAGCUUCUUUUGUAAUGGCUACAGCUACACAAAGAAGCUUGCUGGGCUUACUUGCAUGGGCAGGAAAGGCUGGAUAUUUGAGCAAGAAUGCCGAGGACACAACUAAAGCAAUUGCAGAAAAAGAGGAGGAAAUGUGUUUGAAACAACACAUAUCCGCCUUGCGGUUUCGUUUAUCGCCAGCUUUCAUUCCUCCUCCUCCUCUUCCUCUAGCGUUUGUUUGGGAGCUGAAGAGCAGAAAAAUCAAAUAGAAACGAAAAGGGACGCAGGUGAAGGAAAGAGGUGGGCCCUCGUACAAAGCGGUUUGUGCCUUUUCUUGUGAGCUGGGAAACAGCAGCUCAAAAAGUGGCUGAAAGGACCUGAAAGGGGAACUUGGCAAUAUGCUGAACUGGGAAUCAGAAUUUAAGAAGAAAAUAGCCGAAUACAAACCAUGGGACAAGUGGACGUUGACCAAAGACCUCGAAAACAGCCAGGUGCCGCAUGGAUGGCAUUGCUACGAGCAGAGAAACCUGUUUGCCAGGUUUAAGUGUUCAAGUUGUUCCCAUUCCUGGAAAUCAGCGCAGGCGACCAUUGUCUUUCACGUGCAUCUGGACUGUUCUUCAGGCCAGGUGAAAAUGCGUGUGUUUGGACAGAAGUGUAAUCGUUGUGCGAGUCCCAAGUAUGAGGAACCUUCUUUCCAGGACGACACCGUCGUGUUUGUCCUUCAUAACCUCGUCCAUAAAAUCCUCCAAAAUUGUUACCGAGAAUCCAGAGUCCUCCUGCCUUUGCCUCCUCCGGUUUCAGAAGACCUUCUGGAAGGCCCCCAUAAAAGUGAGAACUGUGAGGCGUGUAAACAUGGGUUUUGCCUCCGGGGAGGAACGCCCCCUUUCUUGGCUCAUUCUUUCCAGUGGGAGAAAAGCGUGGGGGAACCCUCUUCCCUUACUUGUCCUAUCAAGCGGGGGCCCAACCGGGAGAGUUUCGGGGAAGUCGCGUGUUGUUUCAUUCUGGUGUCCAUGGUGAUGUUUCUCCUGCUUCUUUCUAUUAGUAGGAAGUAGGGAACCAUACGUUCAACGAACUCUUACCUUCUGAUCAUUGAAAAGUAACUGGUUUCGAUUAUUCCGCUCAAAGGUCCCCCAGCCACCCCGGCCAGUCAAAGAGUGGGUGACUGUCGUUCAAAAGAGUAACAUUUCAAAAUUCCUCUCCAUCUUCAUCGUCACAAGGUGGGCCGUAGAUGUUUCUUGGGACUCGGGUUUACUUGCCUUGGGGCUCAGCCUUGGAAGAAAUGUGGCAUGGAAACAAAAUAAAUAACUAAAUAAUAAAAAGUGUUUUGAUUCCACUAUCCA